AUGCAGGACGGGGCCCUAGAGGACUCCGUCCGUCGCCCAACUGACCCAGAUGGCCUGGUGUUGGAAGCAUGGGCGCAGGGUUUCAUGGUUGGAGGCCUAUUGUUUAUGAUCGCGAUCACCAUCGCCAAUAUGAGACGGAAAGCUUUACUCCACAAGCUCAUUCUCCUAGAGUUGAUUCUCGGGAUGGGCCAUGGUACAUUUUUGUUUGCUCACGAACCAGUCUAUGGCUGGUACCUUUCGGUCACAGCAGUCGGUCUGAACAUGUCUUGGAGUCUGCAUAAUGUGAUUGCAUGGAUGAAGAAUAAGCCGUUUUUGAGCUAUCGGGUCUCCAUGUUCUAUAUUGGAACGGUUAUUUUGGCCCAGGUCUAUUGGAUUAUCGAGAUAUAUGCGAAUUUUGCUUUCUUCAACAACAUCAACAUGCUCUUCUUGAAGACCAGGCCGUGGGAGCCUCUCUUCCGUGACCCCUGGUGGAUAUACACGACGUGCAAUAUAUUCUGGGUAAUCAAGUCCCAGUACGACUUUAGCUUCGUUGAACUCGUUCGCCACAGCCCUAGAUUUGGAGUCAUGUUGGUAUCGAUGUGUGUCUCUAUCGUUUUCAUCAUCGUCGAUGUCCUGAGCGUACUCGGAGUGUUUCGAGAUGCGCUACCAACAGGACUCAAUCCCUUCUGGAAGAUUUCUUUUGUCUGCAAGUGCUUCUGUGAUGCUGUUAUUCUAGACGACUUCAAGACGGCCCUGGAUAAACUGCGCGACUACUGGUUGAUGAAGAACGGCGCAACGGAAGAGUUGAACAGCGACCCUUCCACUAGGCACAACGACACCCGACGACGUCGAAGCAACGGCGUCUCAAACACGAUGAUAAUCGUUGAACCCGAGCCAGCCAAAAGUCGAAACGGAGAGGCUUCCAGCUGGAACUGCACUCGACCUCUCCCGUCGAGCUUUAAUAGUACGCGACGUGGCUAUCCACGAGGGUAUUCCCAGACGGACGAUGGAAUAGUCUGA